CGAAUGAUGAAACCACGCUGAUAAUUUCAAGGUAACAUGAUGCUAUGGAGGCAGAUUUGAAAUUGCAAAGUCUAGGAAAAUGUGGAUGUUACCAUACAGUCUUGUUUUUAGGCCUUGGUUUAAUAUACCUACGUGGAGCUUGGCAUGUGUUUGCUCCUGUGUACUUGGCAGCAGACCCAGGUCAUUCUUGCUCAGUGCCAAACACCACAAACAAUGUAGCUGACAAUAAUUUUACAGUUGAUUCCUGUACUGUCACAUAUUAUCAAGACAUCAACAACAGUGUUAUACGCAGCUGCGAAGAUGGAUGGCAAUAUGGCAGCCAGUUUCAAUCUACGAUUGUCACAGAUUGGAAUCUUGUAUGUGAUGAAGAUUAUAAAAUAGAAUUGUCAACUACCAUCUAUAUGAUAGGAACUGGUUGUGGAGCUUUAGGCUUGACAUAUUUCUCAGAUAAAUAUGGUCGUAAGAAAUUACUUAUUGUUUGUCUAUUGAUACAAGGAUUUGUUGGUGUUGGCGUGGCAUUUUUAAAUGGCUUUAUAUUAUUUACUAUAAUGAGAUUUUUUAUUGGACUUUUGAAUAUGGGUAUUGGAUUAACAGUAUUUGUAAUGAUAACAGAAUCAUAUCAGGCUUCAGUGAGAACAAUACCAUCUGUUGGUAUACAGAUAGCUUGGGCUACAGGAAUAAUGUUACUAGCUUUAUUUGGUUAUUUAAUUAGAAACUGGAGACAUCUUCAAUUACUUAUAUCUCUACCAAACUUCAUUAUUGUCAUAUAUGUCCUGUUUUUACCAGAAUCGUUGUCAUGGUUAGUAGCAAAUCGUAAAUAUCGUGAAGCAAGCACAGUUUUAAACUGGGCACAGCAAUUAAAUCAACAUACCUCACAAAUUGAAGAAAGAAAUAGCUGGAAUGGUAAUGAAAGUUGUAUACAAGAACAAGAUGUAGAACCUGUAGACAAUUAUAUAACUGGUGAAAUUAAGAAUUCCAUCCAUGAUUUAUUUUGUAUGAAAAAUACUCGAUUUUAUACCUUAGUUAUUAUAUAUUUAUUUAUAGUCAACAGUUUAAUUUAUAUGGGAAUCUCAUUUAGUAUGCCAGUAUUACAUGGUGAUAUAUUUCUUAACUUAUUUCUAAGUGGGUUAGUGGAAAUACCUGCUCAUAUUAUAUGUAUGUUUGUUAUAACACGAAUUGGAAGAAAGAUACCAUUAAUGAUAUUUUUAUUUUUAUGUGCCAUGUCAACCAUAGCUGCGGCUUUAUGUCCUUCAUCAACAGAAAGUGGUAUUAGUUUACAAUGGUUGAAAACAACAUUAUUUAUGAUCAGUAAAUUUGCUAUAACAGGAUCUUAUGCUACUGUAUAUCUUUAUUCUGCCGAGUUAUUCCCUACAGUUAUUAGAAAUCUUGCAAUGGGUAUUGCUUCAUUCUUUGAAAACCUUGGUGCUGUAGGUGCACCUUUUAUCAUUUAUGCAGCAAAGAAAAUGCCCAUUAUUCCUGUGAUUGCCUUUAGUAGUGCUACAAUAAUUGGUGGUUUUCUUGUUAUGACUCUACCAGAAACUAAUAGACAACCAUUACCUCAAACUAUAUCUGAUACCAAAUCAUUUACAACUCAUAAGUCAGAUAUCAAUAGAAACAGCCAUCUGAUAACUGAAUUAUAAUCUAGUUUAAUUAGUACCAAGAAGACAAUAUUGCAUAAAUGUGAUUUAAUUAUUCUUGGUACUUAUAUUUUUGUACCAGUAGAGGGUGCUUACUCAUUUUGACAGAGUAAUAUGUUACUUCGAGUUAUAUUCCUAGAGGACCACAGAAUCAUCUCUAUACUUUAAGGACACAUACAGUAUAUUUGUUGUGAUUCACACAGUAGUAGAAUAGGCAAUUUUACGGUAAUUUUUAGAAUUGUGUUAAAAGGUUGCAUUGAAAAAUGUUUUUGAGUGCAAGAAUUUAUCAUGAUUUCAUGAUUUUUCAUAAUUGUGAGAACUUGCAUCAUUGUGUGAAAUGUUAUAUUCAAGGUUGUUAAUUACUGUAUGUAUUUAUUUUUAGGGCAUUACAAGUUGUGCUAUUAUUUAUUAUGGAAAUUAUUAUGAUUUUGUGUUUUUGUAUUUUCUGUUAUGGUUGUUCACUUGAGAGGUUUUAGUCAUUGUAACUCACCUGUGUUCUCUUUCGUUUAAUUUUGCAAAUGUGAGAAAGUAGAAAAUGUAUUUCACCAGUUUGUCUCUUAUUAUACUGACAAUAAACAAU